AUCUGCUGACAGUUCUUAAGAUCUCAGUACGCGACCGUUCUACUCGUGCGACAGCUCGUGGGGAGGCGAAUGGUCAAUGGAAGGCGGUCCUCGAAAAUCUUCUUGAUCGUUUCAAUAAUGCUCGCGUGUAAACUCGUGAUCUUUGCGGUUGUCGUCUGUUCGUCGUCAGGAUCGCCAGUGACAAUCGACGAAGGCGCGACUAAUGACAAGAAUAAUGAGAAAAAAACUGGAGAUACUAGUCUGCGACUAGUAACAGUGGUAAUGAGGCACGGAGAAAGGGCGCCGCAAGACACCUACCCAAAUGAUCCUUACGUGAAUGACUCCAUGGAACCUUAUGGUUGGGGACAGCUGACAAAUGAAGGAAGAAGAAGUCAGUAUAAUCAAGGGAUUUUCCUACGUGAUCGUUAUAAUGAUUUUCUGGGACCAAUAUACAGUCCGAAUAUAUUUUACCUACAAUGUACCGCGGUUGAUCGUACAAAAAUGUCUGCUUUGUUGGAAGCAGCUGCUCUGUGGAAACCAAACGAAAAACAGUCUUUCAAGGCUGAUUUACCGUGGCAACCUGUUACCUUGUUUUAUCAACCGCGUAAUGAAGAUACGAUGAUGUUGAUAUGGGACACAUGCCCGAGAUACACCAAGUUGCGACACACGAUUACAUCUUUACCGGAAGUGCAAAAGGUUCAAGAUGAUAACAGCCAAUUGUACGAAGAGUUAACGAACUUAACGGGUAUGGCAAUUUCGUCUCCCGAGGAUGUUAAUUCAAUUUAUGGAACGUUGACGGCCGAGAAACAAAUGAACUUGACCCUCCCUGAAUGGACGAAAGAUUACUAUCCUGAUAAAUUGAUACCGUUGACAUUAUACGAUUUUCAACUGAACGUGUACAGUGAUGAUUUAAAAAGACUGAAAGGUGGACCUUUCCUUAAGAAGAUUGUCGUAGACAUGUUAGCGAAAAAGGACAAUAUUUUAGAGCCUGAGGACAGGAAAAUGUUCAUGUAUAUCGGGCAUGACAGUACCAUUGUAACUUUGUUAGACGUUAUGCAUGUGUGGAAUAACCAAAUGCCUAACUACAAUAUCAUGAUCAUGAUCGAAUUACACGAAGACAUAAAUGGAUGGAAUGUUCAGGUAUUCUUAAGAAACACAACCGAUCGUGAACCGUACCCUUUGACUAUUCCUGGAUGCACGACAAUUUGUCCAUUUGACAAAUUUGUAGAGAUUUUGAAACCAAUGAUACCAGACGAUUGGAAAGAGGAAUGUAAAGUAGAAGGGGAUUACACACCCCCACCCGCUCCAGUUCCUUGAUUAUAAUUACUUUAUUAAGAGCGUACGUGAUAUUUAGAAUUCCAUGUUGCAUUACAUGAAAAUAAAACGAAGAACGUCGGAAAC